AUGACGUCAUCGGAACCACCGAAAUUUGAACAUGAAUAUGAAGCUGAAGAAUAUGGAAAAACCGAGCUGAUGGAGUGCCAAACCGAUCAAGUCAGGAUCAUUCGAUGGAGCACCUUGUCGGUUGUCUGA